AGCCCCUUCCCAUCUCCUCCACAUGGGCUACCUCGCAAGUCUCCCGUUGCUGAGGGGGGUGGAGUUGCUGGGUGGGAAAGGCUGCUCUUCCGUUUCCCUAACUCUGCCUUGCACCUGAAGCCCAGCCGCGUGGUGGUUGAGCUGCCGAUGGGGCAUGGAGGGAGCGGAGGAGGAGGAGGAGGAGAGCGCGCGCGUCUUCUCAGCCGUCCGGCGCGUCAGCAUUGCAGUGGAUGAGACUAACGUCCUGCCGGGGGCUCUGCAGCUGAUCCGAACGCUCAGACCACAAUGGGAGACGGAGCGAGUUAAAACCAAGCUCUUCACUGAAGGCAUCACCAACAAGCUAAUGGCUUGUUUCACAGAUGAGAAUAUGAGAGAUGCAGUCCUAGUGCGGGUCUAUGGCAGGAAAACAGAACUUAUUGUGGAUCGAGCCAAUGAGCUGAGAAAUUUCCAAGUCCUUCAGGACAACGGCUGUGCCCCCAACCUCUUCUGCACUUUUGAGAAUGGAUACUGCUAUGAAUUCAUGUCAGGGAAAGCUCUGGGACCAGAACAUAUCCGUGAGCCAAGUAUGUUCAGGCUAGUAGCCCAGGAGAUGGCCAAAAUGCACAGGAUUCACACCAAUGGGAGUCUCCCCAAGCCUUGUCUUUGGCACAGAUUGUACAAGUACCUUAAUAUUGUGAAAACUGAGUUUGACAAAAAGGCAUCAAAAGCCAGCUUCCUUCAGGAAAUGCAGAUUCCUAGCCUAGAGGUGUUAGAAGAAGAGAUUCAUUGGAUGAAAGAACAUCUCUCCCAGCUUCAGUCUCCAAUCGUCUUCUGCCACAAUGACCUUUUGAGCAAGAACAUCAUCUACAACAAAGCCGAAGGUCAUGUCCGGUUCAUAGAUUAUGAAUAUACUGGCUACAAUUAUCAAGCAUAUGACAUUGGGAAUCAUUUUAAUGAAUUUGCAGGGCUCAAUGAAGUCGAUUACAGCUUAUAUCCAUGCAAGGAAGUCCAGUUGCAGUGGCUGAGGUACUACCUGCAGUCUUACAAGAAACUAAGCCCAGAGGACCAGGGAGAAGGAAACAAAAGCAGAGGAGGUAGUGGAGCAGUGUCUGAAGAAGAACUGGAGAGUCUCUAUGUGCAAGUGAACCAGUUUGCUUUGGCUUCCCAUUUUCUGUGGGCUUGCUGGGGCCUGAUCCAAGCCCAAUUCUCUACAAUAGACUUUAAUUUUGCCAGGUACGCAGACAUAAGAUUUAAGCAGUACUUUAAAACAAAACCUGUGGUGACUUCCCUUCAAAUGUCCAAGUGAGGUUGAAGUCCAAAGAGUCUUCUGGUUCUCAAGAUUCCACUCUUAUUUUCUCUGGUGCAGAGCACCUGCCACCCUCUCCUCCUGCAGUGCUGAGUGGUCAGACAUCAUGAAACAGGGCUGGGAAAGAAAAACACACCUUCCACAAAGCCAAAAAAUUCAACAAAGCCCCUGAACUUGGCUGCCGCA